AUGGUCACCCGUUAUGGGUGGCAAAUGCAGGGCGUUAGAGGCGGCGUUGACUGUCUCAAUAAUCCGGUUGGCCUCUCGCUUGAUGUCGUCGACGGAGUUCUUGGAACAUCUAUAGAGAAUGUAUUAUUGACUGUACUAGAAGAGGAAGAAGAUAUUGUGGAAGUUAUCGUAGGAGUUGAUGUGGAAGUUAUCGUAGAAGUUGGAGUAGAGGUUAGGGUAGAAGUUGGCGUAGAGGUUGGUGUGGAAGUUGGGGUAGAAGUUGGCGUAGAAGUUGGUGUUGAAGUUGACGUAGAGGUUUGUGUGGAAGUUGGUGUGGAAGUUGGGGUAGAAGUGGACGUAGAAGUUGGUGUGGAAGAUGGAGUAGAAGGUGGUGUAGAAGUUGGUGUGGAAGUUGGGGUAGAUGUUGGCGUAGAAGUUGGUGUGGAAGAUGGAGUAGAAGGUGGCGUAGAAGUUGUUGGUGUGGAAGAUGGAGUAGAAGGUGGUGUAGAAGUUGGUGUGGAAGUUGGGGUAGAUGUUGGCGUAGAAGUUGGUGUGGAAGAUGGAGUAGAAGGUGGCGUAGAAGUUGGUGUGGAAGUUGGGGUAGAUGUUGGCGUAGAAGUUGGUGUGGAAGAUGGAGUAGAAGGUGGCGUAGAAGUUGGUGUGGAAGUUGGUGUUGAAGUAGGUGUGGAAGCUGGUGUAGAAGUUGGUGUAGAGGUUAAUGUAGGCGUUACUGGAGUGGCUGUAGGAGUUGAUGUGGGAGUGACUGUAGCAUUAACUGUGGAAUUUCCAGUAGGAGUGGCUAUAGAAGUUACUGAAGGAGUUAUUGUAGAAGGGGUUGUAGGAAGUAUUGUAGGAGGGGUUGUAGGAGUUGCUGUAAGAUUUACUGUAGGAGUUAUUGUAGAAGGGGUUGUAGGAUUUGUUGUAAGAUUUACUGUAGGAGUUGUUGAAGGAGUUACUGGAGGAGGCGUAGGAGUUACUAUAGGAGGCGUAGGAGUUACUAUAGGAGGCGUAGGAGUUACUAUAGGAGGCGUAGGAGUGGGUGUAGGACCUGUUGGAAUAAAUGUAAAUUAG